ACUGGCCUAGCGCCUGGCACGUCAACUGAAAUAACUGCAAAUCAAUGACUACACUAUAUGCCUGUGGUCUCCGUUUGAAACGUGCAGUUCCACAGCUCCAGCCUGCCUGCUCAGCAGUUCAUUAUCUACUUUUCGUUAUGUUACAAACCGUUGCCCGUUGUCUGCUUUGUCUUGGCUGUCUCUAAGUAAUAGUUGGUAGCAUUCAAUGUCCGUUGAAGAGUUAUAGCCCUUCUUCAGUCGUUCAGUACAAUUCUAAAACGAGUCAACAUGACGAGAGCCCAGCAACGUCGUUGUCAUUGUGUCUGGCACUGUCCUCGACUGCAAUAGUCUUCAAUUCACUCAUUGAGUUAAUAUUUUCUGUGGACGUCUUGUUUCAUGUCGGUAUAGUCCCGACAAGCCACGAUUGUGAUAUCGUACUACUAGUCCAGCAUCCUUCCGUUCACUAGCGUGCGACACAAUGCACCAGCGCGUCAAUUGCGUGGGCUAGUGUCAUUCCCAAAUUGGGAAUCGAAUUCUGACUCGCCACCUGAACUUAUUGACGGCACAUUGAAGCGGGCAUCUUUUGAGCCCAACGCCACACGUGGCAAGUGACGGAGUCUUGGUAGCGGUGCACAACAACACAAUGAAUAAUACACACGGAGACCUAGCUCAGCUACGGGCACAGGUGGCAGGCGAAUAUGAGGAACAGACCAGAGCUGCAAUGGCCAACCUCCAGGUUGAGCUUGAGAGUGUGCACGCCCAGCUAGAGGAAGCCAAUGAUGAGAAGAUUAAAGCAGCCCAGUACGGUCUACUCGCUCUGGAGGAGAAACAACAACUACAGCAGCAGUUUGAUGAACUAGAGUCGGCACAUUCCAGCACAAGGAAAGAACUUGACUCCACGUUACAGCUGCUGGAGGACUUACAAAGAGAUCGAGAUCGCCGAGAGCAACAGGAAGAAAGCCUGCGUUCAAGCCUAGCUGCAGAGUGCGAGAGACGGGAAAACCUCUUGGUCGACAACAACAGUGAGCUACAGGAUCAAGUCAACUACCUCAGACAAACGCUCGGAAAAGAAACCGAGCGUAGGCAAACGGCAGAAACUGAGUUGAGACAGCUGCAGGAACGAGAGCAUGACCACUUGCGGGCCAAUCACAGUGGCGUUGAUCGCGCUCUUGAAGCUGAGCGGUUGCAUGAGAAGUCACUGCAGGAAGUGGAUCAGCUGCAAGGCCAACUUUCCUUGCUCGAAGGUGUUCAGGCAAGAGCAAGUAACCUGGAGAAGACCAUGGCAUCUUGUGAGGCCGAGAAAGACAAUCUAUCCGAGCUGGUCAAUCGGCUCAAUCAGGAGCUGGAGCAGUCACAGGUGGAUGUGUCGAUGGCGUUUGCCAGCCUGAAAGAGGAGCAGGAGAGGUGUCGGCACCUUGAAAUGAAAAUGGAAGAAAUGGAGAUGACAUCAUCAUUCUCCGCCGGACUGGGUCAGAGUACGGGCAAUGUUAUGAAUGAGCUGACUAUGGCCACAAUGAGCACUCCAGAGCCUGCUGAUGACGUUGCAAACGGACUUGCCGGUGACCCAGAUAACAUGAUGCCCUCAGUUCCAAUCACUCCUGGUCGUAACGCUAGCCUGCUGGAUGAGAUCCAGAACUCGAUGGAAUCCAACCAGUAUGAGCGUGUUGCAGAGCUGGAACAACAGCUGGAGACUCAUAACUCAACCAUCGCUGACCUGAAGGCUGAACUACAGCGCACGCAACUGAAGGACUCUAUUGCAUUGCAGGGCAUGCGCAAAGAGACGCAGGAAAAACAGCAUGCGAUCGACAGGCUACAGUCGGAACUUGCCGAACUUAGGCCGCAGAUGAAUGAAGCUGUGUGUGUUGGAGAGGAAAGGCUCAGUACCACCGCUGCCAGUAAGCGUAUCCAGGAUCUACAGUCAAGCAUAGAUCAACUGCAGAAAGAUGUAGCACACGAGCGAGAGGCCUUGGAGAAAGCCAACCAGACACUUGAACAGAAGGGUGAAGACGUUUCUGGAGAGCACUCAAAUUUGUUGAAGCGCAUCGAACGCAUGGAGGCUGAACGUGCCACCCGUGUCCUGGACAGUGAGGAGAAGUGUGAAAAGCUACGGAUUGAUCUGUUCAACGUUCGGGAAGACAAUGACAAGCUGCUAGCCAUGCGCACUGAGCUGGAACAGAAGAACGCAGACAUUGAAACUCGCUUCCGGUCCGCGGAAAACUCCUCUGCAGAGCAGAGGGAAUCCCUGAGCGCACUGAGCCGUGAGAUUCAGAAUGCCAUUGCUGAUGUGGAGGGCACAGCCAGGCUUGCUGCAUCGCUGACUAACGGUCAAGGUGGCGGUGAUUCUUUAUCUGCUGCAGCAGGCUCGCAUGCAGCCACUUCUCCCAGCAAGGUAUCUAUGGAGCCAGGUCAGCUGAUGAACACACUACGUGAUAAGGUGCGCGCUAUUAAGAGCAAUGUGGAAAGUGUCCUGCGUUCCUCCUUGGAGAAACACACCGUUACGACAGGUAAUCCCACUGCAACAACAGCGGGUAGCUCUGCAGCGCAGGCAUCAGCAGCUGCCACUGACAAGGAGUGGGCAAAUGAGGGCAAGAAGCAAGCACAGUUGAAGAUUGAGCGGAUGCGACGGGAGCUGAAGUCGCGUGCCAAUGAAAUCUCAACGCUACGCAUGGUAAUGCAGGCCAAUCGGAGCACAGCGCAGGCCGCUCUGCAGCGUGAAAAGGCCAUUGCCGAGCGCAAGGUGCGCGAGGCCGAGGAACGAGUGGUGCGAGCACGGGCAGACCUGGAGAGAACCCAGCGUGACAACUCUAAUUUCACAGUGAUGCGCAGCAUGUUCGCAGAGCGAUGUGAGGAGUAUAUCAAACAGGUCGCAAGCUUCCGCAAGACCAUAGCUGAACUGACGAAGGAGAAAGGAGAGUUGAGCAUGCUCUUGGAGAGAGCCAUUGCCCAGAAAGUGCGCUUGACGGAAAAGCUAGAAGAGUAUGAGAUCGAGAAUGAGCGCAUGUGGAGCAUUCCUCAAGCGCUUGCUGCAACCAGGGUAUAAAACCAUGAAGGCUGGUGUGUGUAGCCUCCGGAGCGACUGGACAUCCUGGACUGCUACUCGCUAACCUGCAGUCUCUCUCAGUCUGCAAAGUGAUCAUCUCUGUGCUGCCCUCUAAUAAUCACCUGGCUCAUACUUUCCUUGCCUAUUAGAAAGUUGGAAGUUCGAAAAGUCUCGGUUAAAAAUUAAAAUAUUGAUGUUGAGAGUGCCCGUGCCUCCCCCUCCCCCCCCCCCCCCCCUCCCCACUACUUUCAAGUAGUAUUAACUAUUGUCUUCUUUGUGCUUUCCCCAGGGGCACCUUUAGUAAGUAUAGACUAAUCAUAGUAUUUGAUGUGCAAGAGCUUGUGGUUUGGCCAUGCAUCCCAAUUGAUGUUUUGUGUAUUGCAAAGUUUGAGAGUUGUUGAUACUAAGCAAGCUUUCGGGACUGUCCGUUUGGAAAAGGGUAAAUUUAAUUUACCCAGCCAAUUGCCUAAGCCACCGAAUGUAGCUUGAAACCUAUUGAGUGGCAGAUUUUCAGACUGCUACACUUGAAAUGACUAGUGAAUUGCCUUUAUAUAAUUCCUGACUGAACUAUAUUUCUACGAUACCCUCGGAGUGUGAU